GCCCGCCGGGGAGAGAGCCCAUGAAGGGGAAAGGCGGGGCGCUGGACCGGAGGUCCUCGGCGAGGUGGAGGGUGCUGGUGCUCUGUGCCUUCAGCUUCGGGCUCGGCAUGCUCUUCACCAACCGCUUCUGGACAGCACCAGAUUCCAGUAACCACAUCAUGUCUCAACGCAGGAGGCAGGAUCAGGAGUUGCAACUCGUGUCAGAGGAUUGCAACACAAAGAGGAAGCAUGGGGCAGACAAGGAUAUAAUGGGAGAGGUAACCAGGACCCACGAAGCCAUACAAUUGUUGGAUAAGUCAAUCUCAACGCUGCAGAUGGAGCUUGCAGCCAAGCGAAGCACGUUGGAACUGGUCCGCAAAGGUGUGCCAGUAACUUCAGAAACUAGCCAACCAAGGAAAAAGGCAUUUGUGGUUGUUGGAGUUAACACUGCAUUCAGUAGCCGCAAGCGUCGUGAUUCAGUCCGGGAGACAUGGAUGCCACAAGGUGAAAAGUUGCUACAGCUUGAAGAACAGAAGGGAAUAGUUAUCCGCUUCACUAUAGGGCAUAGUGCUACAUCCAAUAGUAUAUUGGACAAAGCAAUAGAUGCAGAAGAUGCGCAGCAUCAUGACUUUCUUAGACUGGACCACGUUGAAGGGUAUCAUGAACUCUCUGCAAAGACAAAAAUCUUCUUCUCCACAGCUGUGGGCAUUUGGGAUGCUGACUUCUACGUCAAGGUCGAUGAUGAUGUGCAUGUGAACUUAGGUGCAUUUUAUUUCUUUGAUGUUAUAACCUUCUUUUGGAGAAAAAACCCAACCCAAUUAUAUUUAUCACCUUGUCGGUAUGUUGCACAUGAAAAAAAAACAGGAAUGCUUGCCACUACCCUUGCUCGGCAUAAAUCGAAACCAAGAACUUACAUUGGCUGCAUGAAGUCGGGUCCAGUUCUUGCUGACAAGAACUUGAAGUACCAUGAACCUGAGUCCUGGAAAUUUGGGGAGGAUGGAAACAAGUACUUUCGCCAUGCCACGGGACAGAUAUAUGCCAUCUCAAAAGACCUUGCGACCUAUAUCUCAAUAAAUCAGCCUAUCUUACACAAGUAUGCAAAUGAAGAUGUAUCACUCGGGUCGUGGUUUAUUGGUUUAGAGGUUAAUCAUAUAGAUGAAAGGAACAUGUGCUGUGGAACUCCACCAGAUUGUGAGUGGAAAGGGCAAGCUGGCAAUGUUUGUGUCGCGUCCUUUGAUUGGAGCUGUAGCGGCAUAUGCAAGUCUGUCGAGAGGCUCAAGGAUGUACAUGCCCGAUGCGGUGAAGGAGAUUCUUCUGUUUGGAGUGCUCUCAUCUAGCGAAUACCCUCCCUGGACGUAAAUAUGUAGCAUGCUCGGUACACCUUGACGAUCGUGCCUCGAUGGCUGCAACUGAAAUUGCGCAAUACUGGACCUAGCUGAUGGACUCGAGCUCUGGUAAUUGAAAUUCAGCUUGAGGCAACACGUGUAGUGUAGUUGAUACUUGUUGGGCUGCUGAGAGGUUUUAGUACAUGUGAAUUGCUUUAUGUAACCACCAGUGACCCCAGUAGUGUUAGAAGAGAGACCAAAGUAGGGUUGGGGGCUGAGGUUUUGCAUCUUACAUGUAGGGGUGAGUUUCUCAGCUGCUCUGCAACAAAUUAGAGAUCAUGUGCUGUAGAAAAACAUCUAAUGCAAAUUUUGAUCAAUUUUUGUGCAA